ACCACGUGAUCUAUAUGCCAUCUUUCUUAUUUCUCUUGAAAAUAUUAGGAACCCCCUUUGAUACUGAAAUCGUUAUCCAAAAUGGCCGGAUUUCAAUUCCUAUCAGGACUGGUACUUGUUUCAGUGACUGUUUCUGUUUAUUCGUUUAUCAUUGGAGCUCCUCCUGAUACCUGUGGAAAUCCGACCACUUUCCACACGGAACCGCUAAAUGAAACUCAUGUCGGACAAUAUCUGGCCCAGAAUUCUUCAACGGCUCCUUAUAAAGUGAUAAUUGACACGAAAUUCUAUGAAAAUGAAACUUAUUCUAAAAUUUUGGGAAAACAGAACAAUCGAGUCAGAGUAACGUUGAAGGCAGACCCAGGGGAUUACUUUCGCGGUUUCUUCAUUCAGGCCACCCGAGCUAACUUUGCUUUAGACAGAGGAGACCGACCCGCCUAUGGAACCUUCCGUCCAGCCGAUACUAACUCUCAACCCCGAAGAUGCCGUUCAGCGGUUGGCAAAGUUGGAGGCAUAACUCACACCGGAAAUAACAAUAAAACAGAAAUCUCUUUCGACUGGGAGCCUCCAAGAGGAUGCAAUCUGGGAGACAUUCAGUUUGUCGCCACAGUUGUGAGGGCUUACAGUGAAUAUUGGGUUGAUGUAAGAUCUGACGUCAUUUCACCUUCCGGUUUCGUCGGUGAUCGGGGACUUCUGUGCCAACUCUACGUUAAUCCAUACAGCAAAAUUUUGCAGAGACGUGUUCUUAGUGCUCUGAGAAACAUUCAAAACAUGCAGCAGAGAGGAGGUCGCCGUGGAAACAGAGCUCCAGCUCAAGGCUGAACUUAAAAUAAAGAUUCCAAAAU